AUGAGGGCUAGAGAAAUCUCUCUCAUUAUCUUGGUGAGUACUCUAGCUGUGGUUGGAGUUGUUGAUGCAGAUGGGUUGAGGAAAAAUUUCUAUAAGAAAAGCUGUCCUCAAGCUGAAGAUCUUGUUCGGAACAUCACAUGGGGCAAAGCUCAAAAUGACCCUACUUUGGGUGCUAAACUGCUUAGAAUGCAGUUCCAUGAUUGCUUUGUUAGAGGAUGUGAUGCAUCUAUACUGUUGGACACAGUUGGAAAUAACCAGUCUGAGAAGGUUGCAACACCUAAUCGUUCACUGUUGGGUUUUGAUGUAAUUGAUGACAUCAAGACUCAACUUGAGCAAAUUUGCCAAGGCAUUGUUUCCUGUGCUGAUAUUUUAACCUUGGCCGCUCGCGAUUGCGUUUCCUUUCCAUUUAAGCAGCCCAAGUGGGAUGUUCUCACUGGAAGAAGAGACGGCAGAAUUUCUAUGGCAUCAGAGGCCAAUGGAAACAUACCAUCACCGUUCUCGGAUUUCACCACACUUGGGCAAAAUUUUGCCAAGAAAGGUCUCAAUGUUAAUGAUCUUGUAGUAUUAUCAGGUGCACACACAAUUGGGGUAGCUCAUUGUGGUACCUUUUCGAGAAGGCUUUAUAAUUUUACUGGUAAAGGUGAUGCUGAUCCUUCUCUGAAUGCAAGCUAUGCUGAGUCCUUGAAGAAGCAGUGUCCAAAUCCAGCCAACUCCGCGACAACUGUAGAAAUGGACACUCAGAGCUCGCUUUCAUUCGAUAGUAACUACUAUAGCAUCCUUAACAAGAACAUGGGACUGUUCCAAUCCGACGUGGCGCUCCUCACAGACAGGAGUUCAGCCAAGAUAGUGAGACAGUUGCAGUCAUCCGAUGCUUUUUUCUCUGAGUUUGGUAAAUCUAUGAAGAAGAUGGCAGCUAUAGAAGUGCUUACAGGAAAUGCUGGAGAGAUUAGGAAAAAAUGUCGCAUUGUGAAUUAA